AUGUUCUUUCGCGGACCUAUGUCGAUCCAGUCAGAUAUCUUCUCAAGGAGGUUACUCGUGCCUCGACCUCUGGCCAAAAUGCCACUCCCUUCUUCGAGGUGCAGGUCUUUUCUUGACACUGAAUGGCUAUCUUGGUUUAAACUGCUUGUGCAAACAUACAUGCGUUUUAGCUCUUAAGCGAAAAAAUCAGGCUUUUUGGAUGUAAUGGAAUGAAUUCUGGAAUCAACUGUGUUGUCAGUUGCAAAAAUGUUUCUUUCAAAUUAUUCCCCAUGGUGUAUGAUUAUGUUGGUACAAACUGCUUCUACUCGUCCAGAAUUUUUUUCUUUGCCUUGCGGGAGGGGGGAUAUAAUUAUUUUUCUCCAAGCAAGCAAAAGAAAUCUGUGGACCAUCCAAGUCAGCACUUUAAUUUCUCUUUUGACUAGUUACACACACACACACACACACACACACAUAUAUAUAUAUAUAUAUAUAUAUUACUGAGAACUGGUACAACCCUCCCAGGUGACCUCAUGUCUUGAGAUUUGAUGGACUAAAUGCUCAGUCAAUGCAUCUUAGCAAGUGAUACAUCAAUUUGAUAAUUUAGUAUCUCAAGGAUUCACAUUUACGUGCCUAUUUCUGCUUAUUGUUUCAGUUGGAAAACAAUAUGGUUGAAAAUUUGAGAGUGUUUCAUCUGCAGGGAGACGCAUUUAUGGUAUGUUCUACCUGAUGAAGUGAAGAGCCCGUUGCUUCUAAACCAAUAUCUUGAGCUCCUCUCCCCAACAGAGAGAGAUAAUGCAUUACGAAUGAAUGGAGACAAUCUCCAGAAAGGGGCUUUGUUAUCUCGAACAUUGCUCCGUACUACCCUUGCUAGAUGUAAGAUUUACUAUCUUUAAGUGGCUUGUUCAAGACUUACUUUGUUUAAGUGGCUAAAACACGUAGGGUACCUGAAUUAUUUUGAUCAUGGAAUAAAUGCAUCAUGCUAGAAAGAAACCCUGAUCUCAUGUUAUUGGGCAAUGAGAAGAAAUAUCUCUUUCUGGGUCGAGGUUUUUAUCAGGUAUUCAAUAGUCUAUGUCAGUUUUGAAAUGUGGCCAUGGAUCCAUCAUCUCUUAAGAACAUCCUUCCUUAGCUUCCAAUGAAAUAUCACAUAAUUUGUCCGCAGUUAAUUAUAAACAGCAUCCAAACUAAACCUUCAUUGCAUACUCAAGUUUAAUUCUUUUUUAGAAAUACCCGGAGAAUCGCAAGUUUGUGCCAAUUUGGUCUCUUCAUCUGAUACAAGUCAUGAGAUACCACACAGAUCCUUCUUUUUUAAUCUCUGCCAGCCCUUUGCACUAGAAGUGAGAUUCCGAUUGCAUUUUUUUCUAUGUUGGAACAGAUACAGACCAUAAAGCCAGUCCAAGAUCGUUGGAGUUCGUCAUUAACCGGUUUGGAAAACCUGAGGUAAUCAAUUAUUUCCCGGCCUAAAAAUCAAACCUUUCAUGAAUUUCUUAGCACGAGUGUUGUUCAGUCCUGCACAUGUUCUACAUCUACAGGUGCAAUGGCCGUGUGAUGGAAAUUGGAUCCCACCACCCCUUCAUUUCAAUGUUUCACAUACAUCCUCCUUGAUCGCCUGUGCUGUGACUGCAGAUAUACCCGUAUUACUCUCUCACUAACCCCACUUUAUAUGGCCAAUCAAUAUUUUUCGAAGAAUUAAAUCCGAUUGUGAACUCAUCCCCUGUAUCUCAGAUUGGCCUAGACGUGUUAGAGAAACACCGCCAGCUCAAAAGCAAUAUACUGUCCUUUGCAAGACGUUACUUUGCACCCAGUGAAGUGGAGUUCUUGUCCAGCUUCACCGACCCGGAGACUCGGCGACGGGAGUUUCUUAAGCUGUGGACUCUAAAAGUAAGAUAUCGCCAAACGUCCUCUUCACAAUUCCCUUCUUCUAUUCCUCCCUGUGGCAAAGUUGAGCAUCUGAUACGGAAAUAUUCAUCUCUCCAUAAAUACGCAGGAGGCAUACGUUAAAGCACUCGGAAGGGGAUUCUCGGGUGCACCAUUCAGGCACUUUGCAAUCCAGUUCAAAGCAGGAGCCACAGAAGAGUCAACGGACCCAAACUCAGAUGUACAUCCCGUUUCCCCGGAUCUCCGUCUGUGUGUCUCCUCCAGCAGAUUAUGUGAUCUAUGGUUGCCAUUUUAGUUAGGGAGCAGCUGCAUGAUUAGAAUCCCUUCUGGUAUAUUUUCGUCUCCUCCUCCAGGAAAUAGCACUGAGCAUCGAGCCCUCUGGAGACGCACAGCUGCUCACCGCUGACUGGCAGUUUGCGCUCUUCGAGCUGGCUUCUUCCCACCACGCGGCAAUCUGCGUGAAGAAAUCUGGUGAGAUGAAUGACCCGAGUAAGUUUAUUUAUUUAUUUAUUUUAAUUAUGGUUUCCCCAUCUGCAGCUACGGGUGAAGACCCUCUCAGAUUGAAGGUCUGGAAAGUCGUCCCCUCCGUCUCUGAGGAGUUCGUCUCAGGAACAGACCAAGUCCUGACCAUUAAUGGCAUCCUCAACUCCCAAGGCUGA